GGAAGCGCCGACGGCCGGAGAAGCCGGGAGCUCCACGUGGAUCGUGUCCUGGUGGGCUCGUGUGGGUUCGGCGCGAGAGAAUGGAGACGCCUCGAAGGAGAAGCCGGCGCCUAGAGGGGCUAGAAGCUGAGAACGCCGCGAUCCCGGCGACCCGAUCCCGGAGGGCCCGCAAGGCCCGGCGCAGCCUGUUGGGGGCCAAGGCCGAAGCAACGUUAGAGCCGGUUCCGGAAGCGGCGGCCGGAGCGGGCGAGGCGGGGCCGGAGUCCCCGCGGAACCCCAGGGGGCCUGGCCUGGGGUCCCCCAAGAGUCAGGGUCAGGACUUGGGGUCCCCGCGGAGGCAGGGUCCAGGGUGCCCCCAGAAUUCCAAAGGGCCUGGCCUGGGGUCCCCCAAGAGUCAGGGUCAGGACUUGGGGUCCCCGCGGAGGCAGGGUCCAGGGUGCCCCCAGAAUUCCAGAGGGCCUGGCCUGGGGUCCCCCAAGAGUCAGGGUCAGGACUUGGGGUCCCCGCGGAGGCAGGGUCCAGGGUGCCCCCAGAACCCCAGAGGGCCUGGACUGGGGUUCCCCAAAAUUAAGGGUAAGGACUUGGGGUCACCCCAGAGACAGGAUCAGGGUCUGAGGACCCCCCAGAGUCAUCCAGUGUCCUGCCCUGGGUCCCCCAAGAGUCUUCAGGGACAGGACUUGAGGUCCCCCCAGAGAAAGGAUCAGGGCUCGGGGUCCCCUCGUAGUCACCCAGAGCCUGGUCUGGGGUCCCCCAAGAGACAUCAGAAUCAGCAGUCCAAGGGUGCUGGAGGUGGAAGGGAGCCAGGCCUGGGAUCCCCACAAAGCUCCAAGAAGCCCUGUCUGGGCUCCCCUAAGAGUCAUGGAGCUCAGGGCGCUGGGCCCUCCGGGGAUCAUGUGGAGCCCAGACCCCCCCCAGAAGCCAGCCCAGUGUACCCCCAGAGUCUAAGAGACAAGGGAUCUGAGUGCCAGGGAGGACAGCCAGAGUUUGGCAGAGAGUGCUCCUUGGGGCAGCCUGAGCCAGUAACCCCCAAAUCAGGGGUGCUGCCCCAGGAUGGAGCAGCAGAGGUGCAGCCGGUGACCCAGGCACCCCAAACCAAGAAGCGGGGUGGCUCCCCCGCCGCCACCCCAGCACCCAAGAAGUCCAAGCAGAAGGAGGCCACGCUAAUUCCCAAAGGGAAGCCCAAGUCCGGCCGAGUGUGGAAGGAUCGCAACAAGAAAAGGUUUUCCCAGAUGGUCCAGGACAAGCCGCUGAAGACAUCCUGGGAGCGCAAGAUGAAGGAGCGGCAGGAGAGGAAGCUGGCCAAAGACUUUGCCCGGCACCUGGAGGAGGAGAAGCGGAGGUGCAAAGAGGAGAAGAAAAGGCGACGAGCAGAGAACCUGAAGAGGCGUCUGGAGAAUGAGCGGAAGGCAGAGAUUGUCCAAGUGAUCCGGAACCCCACCAAGCUCAAGCGGGCCAAGAAGAAGCAGCUUCGGCGCAUCGAGAAGCGGGACACCCUGGUGCUUCUGCAGAAGCAGCCCCCAAAGUGCCCAGUGGCCAAGGAGUGAGGCAUGGGUGCAGGGGUCCCAGCUGUCCCUCAGCUUCUGGCCCCAGUCCUUUGGCCAUUGACACCUCCUGGGACCCAUGAUGGCCAUGGGCACUUGACCUGUCAUUCCCAGGUCAGCACUGGAGGAAGCCCAGGCUUGGGCCUUGGGUACUGUGGGGAACCUGGGGUUGGGCAUCGCCCCUCAGAGCCCUGAGACCUGGACAGAAGGGCCAGUAGUGAGGCUGGGGGCUGCACCAGGACAGACUCUCUUUCUUUGUGAGCAAUAAAUGUUACCUCCUCCCUUCUAGCCUUCCACAACAUGGACACGAGGCCAAAGGACACAUCCCAUUUUAUUGACUGUAACAAGUCUUGGGGGAGGCAAGAAUGACCUGCCUGCCGAACUCAUGUGCAGGAAUGGGGGUCCAGAGGGCAUCUAGCUGCCAGCCAAGAGGGUCUGCCCUACGCUUCAUGCUGGCAUUGGGAAGCCAGACCCCGGGGCAGGAACUGCUAGGAGCCCCCAUUGCAUUUUUGAUGCCUUUGCCCACCAGCCAGCCCAGGGACAAACAACAAAUCUGGGUUCCUUCUCCCCCAACUUGAGAUAACAUUAGAGAGGAUGUGGCUUGGAGGGAAGGGCCCCUUGGUGGUCAGUUGGGAAGAUCUUUCUGGGGAGUGGGGGACAGAGGGCAGCACAGGAGCUAUUCCUGUGAGACACUGAGGUCAUGAAUCCAUGUUUUGGGUGGCCUUGUGACGUGAGGUUGUGCCCAGUCCUGGAGAAACUGAUCGAAUAAACUCAUUCCCUCAAAUGUUAA